UUUUUUAUUUUUUGAAAACGCAUUUUUUCUAAAGCCAUUAAAAAAAAAUAUAUUUUUUGUAGAAGUAGUUUAUUUUUUUUUAAAGCUGUUAAAAAAUUUUCAAUUUGGUUAAUUUUGUGCGUUUUGAAUUCACUACCAAAAAUACUAACCAUUUUCAUUUUGUGAAUUGCAUUCAAAUUGUUUCACGUUUUCAUGUAUAAUUCCGUUUUAUUGCUUAUUUUGAAAUUUCAUUUUUUCUAGUUUAACAAAUGGGGUGCAAGUCAAGUAAAUCGGAUAUUGUGAAAGGACCCAGCAAUAAUGCGGAGUCCAUGGAGAAACUCGCUGCAACUGUUAAUAAAACAGUUUUAAAAGAACUGCACCGCGCUAAAGGUUCCUACCAUUUUGAAGCUUUAUUAAAUGAUGCUGUUUUGGAGACACUACCCAACGAUGAAACAAUUGCUCACCAAAAAAACAUUGGUUAUAAAAAUGGAGCCACUUAUACUGGUUAUAUGAAGGGCCGUCAACGUCAUGGAAAAGGUGUGUUCACCUUUUCCGAUAAUUCUCAAUAUGAUGGAGAUUGGGUAGAUGAUAUGGCGUCUGGUUUUGGAGUUUUUCAAAAAAAAGAUGAAGACACAACAAUUGUUUAUGAAGGAGAAUGGAAAAAUAACGUGGCUCAUGGCAACGGGAAAUUAAUACAAAAAAAUAUUGUUGUUUAUGAAGGCCAGUGGUUAAAUGACGUUGCUGAAGGCAAGGGUGCAGAAACAUGGCCAGAUGGGUCUAAAUUUGAAGGAUCUUAUAAAAAUGGUUUAAAAGAAGGUCGUGGUUUAUUUGAAUGGCCUGAAAAAUCUAAAUAUAAUGGUGAAUUUCAUUUAAAUGAACUUGAAGGGUGGGGACGCUACGAUUGGCCUGAUGGACGAAUUUAUUGUGGCCAAUGGACAGAUAAUAAAAUGCAUGGGUUUGGAUGGUUUUUCUGGCCUAAUGGACAAAUUUAUAGAGGGCAAUACGAUAUGGAUAAAAAAGAAGGAUAUGGAGAAUUUUUAUGGCCUGAUAGAAAAAUUUAUAGCGGUUCAUGGGAAAAAGGAAAACAAUCAGGUUAUGGUAUAUUCAAAUCACCAAAAGGAGAAGAACGCUACGGAGUAUGGGAGAACGGAUAUCGAUUGAAUUGGAUUACUGCCACUGAAUAUGAAAGUAAAGUGUCAGAAGGCGUCAUUCCACCUAAACCUCAACUACCUUCCUUACCUGAUUGGCUUAACACUUUAUGUAAAGAGGCUUAUCCAUCUUGGUAUGCUACGUUUCAUGAAGAAAAGUAGUCAUCCAUUGAAGAAGAAGAAGAAAAAAAAACAUUCAUAACUAAUGUAUGAUUCUAUUUUAUAAUAACCAUUCAAUUAUCAACUAAAACGCACUUGAACGACAUUAAUAUAUUUAUA